AUGGAGUCCGAGACGCUGGAGCAGAUGCAGGUGCGGCACCGCAAGGAGCAGCGCGACCUCGUCGGCCGGAUCACGAGCAAGAAGAAGAACGCGACCAAGAAGACGCGCAAGGGCGUUAACGACGAGUGCGCCGAGUUGGAGAGGCAGUUGAAGGCGAAACAUGAGGAGGAGGUGGUCGGCCUGUCUGGUGUAGUCGUCGGGGCUGAGGAGGUGGAAGACGAGGACGAAGACGAUGCCACGCGAGAUGAGACCGCUGACGUUGCGGAGAAAUUGAAAGAUACCACAAUUUCCGAACCGCCGGUGACGGAAGAGACGGAGCCGGAGCAGGCAACACAAGGCCAGGGGCAAGGCAAGAAGCGCAACAGACAAAAGGAGCGCAUGGCGCGGCGGGCGGCCGAGGUCGAGGCGGCGGCGGAGAAGGCGCAGGAGGAGGCGGAGAGCAUGAGGGACCACCGCGGCAUCGAGAAGACGUACAUGCUCAAGGAGUUCAAGGCGAACGCCCUCGAGGAGAAGGAGAUUGCGCCGGACGGACACUGCCUCUUUUCCGCUGUGGCGGAUCAGCUGCGGCAGCAGGGCAUCUCGCUGGCUGGCCCCGGCAGUGGUGAGGGGAGUGACCCACAGCAGAAGCUGCCGUACAAGGUUGUCAGGAGGGCGGCGGCGGAGUACAUGACGGCCCACCCGGAUGACUUUGCGCCGUUUCUGGAGGAGGAUUUGGAGGACUAUGUGAGCAAGAUACGGGAUACGGCGGAGUGGGGAGGACAGCUUGAGCUUGCGGCGCUGGCGAACGUGUAUGGGGUUGAUAUUCGGGUCGUGCAGGACGGGCGGACGGAGAAGAUUGGGCCGGCGAGCGGUGGGGAGGGCAAGGAGAUUUGGUUGGCGUAUUAUCGGCAUGGGUAUGGUCUUGGUGAGCAUUAUAACUCCUUGCGGAAAGCGACAUGA